CAAAGCAGCGACGUCUCCUCUUAGUACAUUUUCUAUCUUCUCUCCUCUACGUCGAAAUCGUUCUUCUAGCUUCAUUUCAAAACGCUCGCUCUUUAACUCUAUCAUGGACAUAACGGUGGAUGAGGAUCAAGCUUUACAAGCCGUCAUCGGAGGUUUGGAUCAUGAUCAGAUGGACUUCAAACGGUUUGAAGAGUUACUGAGUGAAGGACUCGACCAAAGCACUGACAUUUUCUUUCCUGAAAUGUGUACUCAGCCACCACCCCCUGUCACACAGACGAAACCUGAUGAGUCACAGGUGUUUCCGGAGUCGGCCGACCUCAUCAAUUACAUAAUUGGAACGAAUUCAGUUCUGUCUCCACCUGCCUCUGAUCACGAUCCGUAUUCACCAGAAACAAAGGCUUUAUCACAACAACAGAACGUUCACCAACCGCACAACAUCGUUCAUUCAGUGCAACCAGGCCAGCUCCACGCCUUACAACAACAACAACAACAACAACAACAACGACGACAACAACAACAAAGGCAGCAUCAACAACCACAAGUAUAUCAACAUAUACAUCCAGAAUUACCACAACAGCAACAGCAACAACAACAGCAGCAUGUUCUUAGUCUCAUGCAACAGCAACAGCAUCUAGGCCAGGCACAUUACGUCGACCAUGCCCAUGCAGGCAAUCACCCAUCAAUAUCAACACAAGGACGGAUCCCGCAUUCUCGUGUACUCGAACUCAAACGCAACGAACCGCAUUGCGUGCCGUCGGGCAGUAUGACUUUGUCGCCGUCAUCCCAUGGCUCUUUGUCGCCUCAGUUGAGUCCCGCGUCUACGACUUCGUCUCAUUGGGCUCAGCAGCCGGCGGUGCAUUUUAGUCAGUCGCAGGGGUUUGGUGUUCAACAGGUUGGAGGAAGUCAAGUGUUUGGGCAGGUGCGUCAACAGCAGCAGUUGAUGCAUGGGCGUCAUCAGAGUCCGACGGAUUUGAGUUUGGAUUUGGAUGAGUCGGUGCAGGAGAUUGGGCCGGAUUUGGUUCGGCAGAGUCGUUACGAGAGCCAUCCAAGAGCUGCAAAAAAGCGACGACUCGAUGACGUCAUCAAGUCUGAACCGGACGGAGAUUUCACAGAAAUCUCCACAUUGCUACAACUGGACCAAGACAUCGGCAGCCAAGCGGCUGGUGUGGACAUUCAUUAUCAAUGUCUCAAGUGGCAGCCACGGUUGCAGUCGACGUGGUUUUCUUUUCUUAUGGACGAUUUGUCUUCAGCACCUCCUGUGGACUGUCAUGUGGAGGCUGACAAAGGAUUUAACUUUUCGAGCAUUGAUGAUGCAUUUGUUUGCCAGAAGAAGAAUCAUUUCCAGGUGACUGUCGUUUUUUCAUUCCCCGUCACCCCAAAGUACAUCAACACUCAGAAUGGUCCAAAGCCCAUAGAUGCCAUACAGAUAAUGGUGCAUGGAGUGAAGCUUGAGUCACAGUCAAGUAUGAUCAGAGUUGAGCAGUCACAACCAGACAGAAGCAAGAGACCAUAUGUACCUGUUAGUGUUGCUCUUCCAAAGGACGGCUCGGCAUCCAAAGUAACCGUAGGAAGACUUCACUUCAGCGAGACGACGGCCAACAACAUGAGAAAGAAAGGAAAACCGAAUUCGGAUCAACGAUAUUUUUCGCUUGUUGUGUCUCUGCAAGCUCACAUGUCAGACGGCGAAUUCUACCUCGUGUCGUCGUUCAUGUCGGAGAGAAUUAUUGUGAGGGCGUCCAAUCCGGGACAAUUCGAGAACGACUCGGAUCAGACGUGGAAGUUGGGUUCGGCGUCCGACACCGUGUUCCACAUUGGUCAUGUCGGUAUCAACACUGAGAAACCCGAAGAAGCACUGACCGUUCAUGGCAAUGUGCGUGUGACCGGAAGGAUACUUGCCCCCUCGGACAAACGAGCUAAGGAAGUGAUCAGCCAGGCGGAUACGAAGAAACAACUGCAGAAUGUGUCCGACCUUCCUCUCUACAGCUACAAAUAUCGAGACAGAGUGGCCGAAUAUUUGGGCCUGCCGGAGAGCGAUCGGCACCAGGUUGGCGUUCUUGCUCAGGAACUGCAGGACAUCCUACCGGAAGCAGUGAAAGAGACCGAAGAUAUUACUCUUGAGGAUGGGGAGACAAUUGAUAAAUUUUUGGUUGUUGACAAGGAUCGUUUGUACAUGGAGAACGUUGGGGCUGUCAAAGAGUUAUGUAAGCUGACGGACAACCUGGAGACUCGUAUCCACGAAUUGGAGCAUCUCAACAAGCGGCUCAAAGCGUCGUCUCUGAAACGAGGCAACUCUAAGCAAGGCUUUCCUGGAUCGGAACCGCCUACACAGACGACGACUCCAAGUUCGACUCCUGGCAGUCUUCGCAGAGGAUCUAGCUGCAACAAAAUGUCACACAAAAAGCAACACGAAGUGAAGAUAGCUGCAGUCAGUCCGCUGUGUACACCGAGAUUCAUGCAGUCGCUUGUCGUUCUCCUCAUCAUUGUCAUGUCUGCCAGUGCAAUUGCCAUGGCUGUUCUAUUCGCACUGAGCAGCAACAACACAACAACAAAUCAGACAACAGGUGUCGGUUUAGACGUGGGAUAUGUGGGAAGUCCGAUCAUUACCAAUAUCUCAACAAACACAACAACAAACACAACAACACAACAACUUGUAACAACAGACAUACCAAACUCGGCGUCAGUAUCCACCAAAAACGAUGGAACUCACACUACGUCGUCUUACCAAUCGAUUACAAACGCUACGACGACUCCGAGCAAUCACAAACAGAUGACUCCGAGUAAUUACAAACAGACGAAUCCGAGCAAUCACAAACAGACGACUCCGAGCAAUCACAAACAGACGAAUCCGAGCAAUCACAAACAGACGACUCCACAGCAACAACAGUCUAUAACUGUUCGUUACACGACAGACCAGUCGAUGAUCAAUUUCAAAGCGCGUACUGAUAACCCCACGAUCUCUACGACAUCAUCGUCUCCUCCUCCUUCAUGCUGUGAUAAUAAUCACAUGUUAUUGCGUGGGCGUGUCUUCCCAACACUGGCAUCUACACCGCCUUCACACGUUGCCUUGAUUACUAAUCCAGGUCCGACGAUGUCGAGUCGUUCCUCGGUGGGUGCGAGUGGACAGAGACUCGGCACCGGGGAGUCAAGCAUGGAGUCAAUGCAGAAACGGACAAGACGAGCAACGACGCCGCAGCUGUUGUCUGCACAUUUGAUCUAUAAUGGUCCGAAGCCAUUCAAUGUCUCUCUUCAUCCAAUGUGUGGUUCUAUGUGCAGUGAUAAUUUUACGUUUUUGGUUAGUCUUCCUGGAGAUUUGCUUCCGACGCUGCUCACUCUUGAAAUGAGAUUUCCUGAUGCAGUCAACGUCAUGUUGUGUGAUAAUAUGACACACAGCCCAUGCGGACAAAACAAGGGCAUUUCAUUGAUCAAAAACGUCUCAAACGAUUUCCGUUCGCCGACAUUUCUCUUACCAAUUUCAUAUUACGUUGCCUCACAUUUCUCAUUUCUUGCCUCCGACGUGAACGCCAUGCCUGCUAUAACGUGCAAUAAUGUCGAUCUGAAUCAAUCCGAGAAGGCGUUCUCCACUAUUCAUUUUGACUUUGUUCGCGUGUGUAAUGCGACUGACGUCAUGUCGAGAACGAAUUCCAGCUGAUGGGUUUGUAUAGUGUAUUUGAAUACAGAUACGUUAUUAUAAAGAUUAGUAUUAUAGUAAGACCCGUAUGUAGUGUCACGUGAUAGCUGCCGGUCGAGCUCUCACUGCCUAGUGAGGACAUGGAAUUUUACUCGAAACGUUCCUUGUUGUACAGUUUACAUCAUAGCAGGAACAUCUUAUAUUUGACAUUGUGUGUGUGGGUAUUGUUGAGAUGUUUGCAUUGAGAUAUUGAUCAUUGAACAUGAGCACAGUAAUUGUAUGAA